AUGGAUUCAGUGACUGUGUACCACGGAAAAAUCAGCAGAGAAACCGGGGAGAAGCUCUUACUUGCAACAGGGCUGGAUGGAAGCUACCUGUUGCGAGACAGCGAGAGUGUCCCUGGAGUGUACUGCCUGUGUGUUUUGUAUCAAGGUUACAUCUAUACAUAUCGAGUGUCCCAGACAGACACAGGUUCUUGGAGUGCUGAGACGGCACCUGGGGUACAUAAAAGAUUUUUCCGGAAAAUAAAAAAUCUCAUUUCAGCAUUUCAGAAGCCAGAUCAAGGCAUUGUAAUACCUCUGCAGUAUCCAGUUGAGAAGUCCUCAUCUAGGAGUACACAAGGUACCACAGGGAGAAAAGAGUCUGAUGUCUGCCUGAAAGCACCAUGA